AUGCUUCCUGAUUAUCUCCAGCGCCUAGUACUUGCAAAUCCAGGGACUUUAGCCAAAAUCCAUACAAUUUACGAUCCUGGAGUUGGUCAUAGGUUCAAGUACAUGUUUCUUGCUCUUGGUGCAAGUAUCGAUGGAUUCAAGCAUAUGCGUAAUGUAAUUAUCAUUGAUGGAGCUCAUUUGAAAGGGAAAUAUGCUGGUUGCCUACUCACCGCUUCAGCUCAGGAUGGUAAUUACCAGGUUUUCUCUAUUGCGGUGGGAAUUGUUGACGGAGAAAAUGACAAUGCGUGGGAGUGGUUUCUAAAAAUGCUAUUGCAAUUCAUUCCAAACGAAGAUAAUGUUGUAUUCAUAUCGGACAGACACUCUUCCAUUUACAAUGCAAUAUCGAAGGUGUAUCCAGCAGCAAAGCAUUGUGCAUAUAUUGGUUUAGAGCACUGGGUCCGGUCACAUUUCUCUAGAAAUCGCUACAACCUCAUGACAAGCAAUGUAGCAGGGACAUGGGAUUCUGUUCUUCAAAAUGCAAGAAAGUAUCCGAUCAUGCAUUUAGUCGAGUACAUCCGAUCAAAAAUGAUGAAAUGGUUUGCACAAAGACGUGAUGUAACACAAUAUCCUAAUGGUAAGUUAACUCCACGUGUGAAAGGGAUUAUUGAAGAAAACUUUGAGAUGAGCGGAGGGAUGCUUGUUUGCCGGAUUAGCGCUAGUGAGUUCGAUGUGAAAGACAAAGACGCUAUAUCAUACCACGUUAACCUACACACAAAAUCUUGCAGCUGUUUCUCAUUCCAGACGUUCCUCAUACCUUGCGCCCAUGCCAUUGCUGCUGCGAUCAAAGAAAAAAAAAGUAUUGAAUCUCUUGUCUCUGAGUUUUACACUAUUGACACUCUAGCUGCUGCAUAUGCCAGAAAUAUACUACCUAUUAGCAGCGAUGUCAAUGCAAGUUGCCAAGCUACCGAUGAUGAAAACUUCAAGGAAGAGACAUGUGUGUAG